AUGAAACUCGCGACUACCACCGUCACCACCGCUGCCACUGCGGCUCUUCUUGUCUCCAUGGUCUCCGCUGGUCCAAUCGGCUACGGUAUCUGCCAGGCUGGAUGCUCUGCUGUCGUCAUGGCAUGUUACUCCGCCGCCGGCUUCACUUGGGGCGCUGUGCUCGGUGCAACUGCUCCCGCUACUAUCGUUGUUUGCAACACCGCAUCCGGCACGUGCCAGGCUGCCUGUGCGGCUGUCUUGCUUGGACCGACGCCCUAG